UAGGUGAGUUGACGUCAUUUCCUGUCGCCAUCUUAAUUUUUCAGCGAAAACAAGUUUGUCCUUCGAAAAACGGACAAAAUUGAUAUUUUUCGUGUUCUGGACCGGGUGGCUUUUGACUUUUAUCUUUAGAAGGGGUUAUGGGGAUGCGGGAAAUGCCUUCAGAUUUUGGAUGAGUGUUAUGAAACAACGGUACAGAGCUAAAAUGUUCGGCAAGCUUUAAUUUCGAACGGUCUCGGCCGUACUGGCUCUCUACUCUCCCCUCUUACUCUCAUGUAUGUUAAUAAUUUACUUGAGAAUAAUGCAGCUGGGGGUAGUUUACUCCUAAGGACUAGACAAACCAGAUCCUGUGCUGUCUGUGUAAUAAGAGAAAAUGUCUCUGUCUGGCUGGGUGUGUGUAGUGACAGGUGCCUCCAGAGGGAUUGGCAGAGGAAUAGCUCUCCAGCUGUCGGAGGCAGGAGCCACUGUCUAUAUUACAGGGCGCCAAGAGAAGACUCUGAAACAAACUGCGGCAGAGGUGAAGGAGAGGGGAGGUUACUGUGUACCAGUUGUCUGUGAUUCUACCAAAGAUGAUGACAUUGAAGAACUGUUUGAACAGAUCAAAUGUGAACAGAAUGGCAGGCUGGAUAUCCUGGUUAACAGUGCCUAUGCAGGAGUACCGGCAAUCUUUGAGAAUGUCGGGAAGAAGUUCUGGGAAAUUGAUCCAUCUUUUUGGGAUUCCAUCAACAAUGCAGGCCUCCGAGGCCACUAUAUCUUCUCAGUUUAUGCAUCCCGGUUGAUGGUGCCUCAAGGUCGAGGUUUGAUAGUCACCAUUUCAUCAUUCGGAGGACUGCAGUAUAUCUUCAAUGUGCCAUAUGGUGUUGGUAAAGCCGCAUGUGACAGACUGGCAGCAGACAUGGCUGUUGAACUGAAAAGCAGGGGGGUGGCUUCUGUCAGCCUGUGGCCAGGAGCGGUAAAAACAGAGCUGGUGUCUCAGUACAUGCUGGAGACUGAUUCACUACCAGGUGCAAAUAUGAAGUUAAAAACUUUAUUUGCCAAUGGAGAGACCACAGAACUGAGUGGGAAGUGCAUUGUCAACCUGGCAAAAGAUAAAAGUCUGAUGUCACUGACUGGGAAAGUUCUAAUGACCUGUGACCUGGCAAGGCGCUAUGGGAUGCGAGAUAUUGAUGGGAGGAUUGUAGCUGAUUACACUUCCCUUAAAUUCCUCCUGAGCCAGGUCCCAUAUCUCUCCUGGCUUUCAUUUGUUGUCCCCUCAUUCCUACACCUGCCACGCUUUGUGCUCACCCUGGCAAAUAGCCGGUUCUAAACAUUACCUAAAUCAGUACUGGAAUGGCAGUAUCAUAUUGUGUUUCAAAGGACUCAAGUAGCCCAAAUUCUAGCUAAAUCUGUAAGAUUUGCUAAUGGUUGAGGAUCAGAACAAUUACUGAUACAUGGUGACAAGAAAACUUGCCUGACCACACAGAUUAGACAGUUUAGACUGACCACAGCUUAUUGUUUUUGAAGGAAUAUUGUUUAAAUUAUUGUAUAUAUCCAUUCAUAAGGUUGAGAUAAACAUAGAAUAGAAUAGACUAUAUUGUCAUUACACAAUCAUGCGUUACGAAAUUAGUGUGCUCUGACCAAAACAGAGUGCAAUAAAAACAAACAAGAAAAUAAAGAAAGCAUGAAGAAUUCAGUAGCAUAUUUCCUGUACUUUUACACAUUUUAACAAAUCAGCUGUGAGUGAAGCCACAGUCAGUUAUAAUGACCAAUGUGAAUUUUUUAAACAUGAAAUUACAACCAUCCAAAGCUAAAUAUCACACAUUUAUGAAACAAAUAUUUUUAUAGUUUUGCACCUAUUUCAGCAGAUAUUUUUGUAUUGCAUGUUUAUAUGUACAACACCACUACUAUUGAACUGGGUAAUAAAGGAAUGUUAACACUU